CGCAAGUGCGACAACAGUUACGGAGAAGUUUUUUACAACUGUUAGUUCAUGUAGUAUCGAUUUUGCUUUAGCUCCAGAUUCAAUUGUUGUUCAACGGACAAAAAUGUGAAAGUGACGUAACUAUUUUUAGCUCGUUCUAGUAUACCACCAGCAUGCCAGGAUGAAGAGCCUCCUGGUUGAACAAUUAUAUGCAAAUAGCAGAAGCAGAAAGAACACGAGGAAGAUGAACAAGACUCACUUUCUGCUCCUAAGAACACCGUCCAGAGAUUCUAGACAUAGCAGGUGGACGCGGCGAGCUUGGAUUCGAGCUAGUAAAUCUCAACGGCAUCCCAACCACCAUUGUGGACCCUCGCGCACCGGAUCUGGAGAGAUACAUCCGGAAAUGGGAUUUGGGGCUCUACCACCGUCCAAGGAAGACUGGACUUGUUCAUGUUCCUCGUGGUCAAGUAGAAGCAAAAAGAGGAGUUCAUCAUGUUCAGAGAGUGGUAGCAAAACUUCAGAGUGAUGUUGUUGUUGAGGAGGGAAUCGACGCUAGAAGAGUGGUGGAGGAAGAUCAUCAUGUGGAACAAGAAGAUGGUGAAGUGGGACAGAUAAAAGCAGAACUACGUCAUCUCCGUCUUUUUUUCGACAAAGCCUUG